AUUAGCGUCCCCUUUAAGAGAUCCAGUCGCUGACAUUGACGAAAUUUCCUGGUGUGAGGCUUGUAUGCCUCUGUGAAAAUCAACAACAGAUAGAAACAGGUUACUCGCAGGCUUCAGUGGACUUUCGUAUGAGACUAUUCAAGACAGUAUUCCAAUGGUAAACGAGGAUUCAAAGGAACUGAGGUGAAUUGUAGACUACUUGAAUGUGAGAGGCGGAAUCACAACCCAUUUUUCUCCGCGUGCACUGAGCUGCCUGAAAGGAGGCGAACCUCGGUUUCACUUACUGUUAAUGAAACUUUGUUUCGAAAUUCGCCCUAGUCAGACUCUGAGUAACACAUUGACAGGCGACACAAUGGGGGUUCAACUGCUGCCACCGAACAUCAUCGAUAUGGCAGCCUCUGAACACAUAUGGUUUCAAAAGGUGCAUAAUCUUCCCAGGGCUGAAGCCAUCCUAUAAAGACCUGAUGGACCGUGUUUCCUGUUCAUUUUCCCCCCUUUGAUAUCCUGUGUGCUUCUUGGCCCUCUGCAGGAUUUUCAUUCGCCAUGUUAAGAUAAAGACGACAGGGUCGGUGUUAAAAAUGCUAAAGCGCCUGGACAAGAUUAGGUUCAGAGGGCAGAAGCGAGAUGAAUUCUUGGACCUUGCCGAGUCCCCCAAUGCGUCCGACAGCGAAUGCAACGAUGAUAUUCCCAUGCCGAUGAGGCAUCGCUCCUCAAUCAGAGAGACGGAGGAGCCACGAGACCCUGCUGGCCAGGGAGCUCUCAGCAUGGCUGCUGCCCUCCAGGACUUCCAGAGGACGGAGUCUGAUCGGCUCAACGAGGUCAAAGGUCAUCUGGAGAUUGCCUUACUGGAGAAGCAUUUCUUACAGGAGGAAUUGCGGAAACUCAGAGAAGAAACAAAUAUCGAGUCGAUAAAACAGGACCUGGAAAAGGAGAAGCUGAAAAGACUCGACCUGGAACAGAAACUGAACGAAGUUCUCAAUCCAAGAGUGGAAGAUUCCCCACCACAGGCGCCUAAAGCACAACCUCCAGCAGCCAAUGGAACGGCAGAAAAACAGAGGGAAACCAUGAGCUCUCGACUGCUGAAGUGGAUGUACGACCGGUUUGGCGUUUAUAUCGAGGACUUCCGCUUCCAGCCCGAGGAGAGCACUGUCGAGACAGAAGAACCAUUAAGUGCUAAACGGCUGACGGAAAACAUGCGGCGACUCAAGCGAGGUGCCAAGCCUGUGACUAACUUCAUGAGGAACCUCUCUGCCUUAUCAAGCUGGCACUCUGUGUACACGUCAGCAAUCUCCUUCAUUAUCUACAUGUAUGCUGCGUGGCAUGGCUGGGCCAUCCCAAUGUUUCUAUUCUUGGCUAUUCUGAGGUUGUCCCUGAACUACCUCAUUUCCAGGGGCUGGCGAAUACAGUGGAGCAUUGUGCCUGAAGUUUCAGAACCUAUAGAACCACCAAAGGAGGACUUGACUGUUUCCGAAAAGUUCCAGCUUGUCCUUGAUGUAGCACAGAAAGCACAGAACCUUUUUGGAAGGAUGUCUGACGUCUUGGAGAAGAUUAAGAAUCUCUUCAUGUGGGUGCAGCCUGAGAUUACUCAGAAGCUGUACAUCGGUCUGUGGAUGACCUUCAUAACUUCCUGCCUGCUGCCCUACAAACUGGUGGGCUUCAUAGUUGGUCUUUAUGCUGGCAUCAAGUUCUUCAUCAUCGACUUCAUUUUCAAGAGCUGUCCAAAACUGCGGGACAAGUACGACACCCCCCACAUUGUCUGGACCAAUCUGCCUACUGAUCCCCAGCUAAAGGAUCGUAACAACCUCAACCUAUCCAGACGGCUCUCUGGGUUUGAGAAGAUCCAGCCUAUGGUGGCCCGGGGUAGCCUGGCAACCAGCGUCCCGUGCGGCAUGAGCAGAGAAGAGGAAUGUGGCCGCAUCUACAGCACCAAGAAAGGCGCCUUCCACGAGGUCUUCAGCCUGUCGGAGACAGAGCGGCCUUUACAAGUCUGUGAGAACGGGUGGAGAUGCUGCUUGAUUAACAGGGAUAGGAAGAUGCCGACUGACUACAUCCGUAAUGGAGUUCUGUUUGUUACAGAAAACUACAUCUGCUUCGAGAGUUCCAGCUCUAGAUCGAGCUCCUCCAAGAAGAAUAAAGUCAUCAAGUUGGUGGACAUCACAGAUAUUCAGAAGUACAAAGUCCUGUCAGUAUUGCCAGGAUCUGGGAUGGGUAUCUCCAUAGCCACUCCUAACACACAGAAGCCACUGGUAUUUGGUGCCAUGAUCCACAGGGACGAGGCGUUCGAGGCCAUUUUCACGCAGUACAUGAAGAUCGUCACCAUCCCAGGCGCCACCAGCCUGGAGCCCUAGCCCACGGGGCUUCUGUCUGUGCCUCUGCCUCUGGCCAGCCCCGCUGUGGCCUGCCCCAGACCGCCUGCUCGCCUGCUCCCCUACCCCACAGAGGAGCAGCCUUCCCCCCUCUGCCUGGGCUCCCUCUCUGGGCUCUGAGGACCUGGGCCCGGCCUCUUUCUGUUGGGGGGACUGUGUGUGGAAGGGUGAGUCCUCCUUCCUCUCUCUCCCACUGGAUAGAGGGCGCACUGGGGAGACCAGCCUGGACUCAUUAGUCUCCUCUAUGAGAGUGUGUAGGAUGUUGUUUUUUAUAUAUAUAUAAUCGUGCGCAUUUUAUCUGGUGUCUACUGUGAUUUUGCUUGGGAAAUCUACACGUUUUUUAACGUCAGGCGGUUAGUCCGUGUCUUAACAUUGCAUUGCCAUAACAGAAUAAGGGGGCUGGAUCCUUUUAACCUGUCUAUUGUGCCAUGCAGGUCAUACUGUUUGCAGUCUCUUUCCUCAGUUUUUUGUCCUUUAAGUGGAUGUAGAAAUCACCACUAGCCUUGCCCUGGAAUACACACACACACACACACACACACACACACACACACACAUACACACACACACAGCACUUUUUGGCUUUGUUUGGUGUGUGUUUGUCAAGAAAUGAAUAGGUGCGAUAAUGUGGUUCCAUAGUAGGCACAAGGUACGAGACAGAGCCCUUGUCUUGGGCAGGAGUACUGAAUGUAAAGGGCACAUGUUUGGCUCAGCCUCAUCUCCAUCUCCAAGAGGAUACUCACCGUAGUGACUAGAUGCUGAUCUGAAGUCAGACAUCGUUCUUUCUUCCUCUCUGGUUUGUGCCCCAAUUAGUAGAAUUUUUACCCCUCAUCCCUGGACAGAAGAAUGUUGCCCACUGCGACUAUUUACCAUAGCACACUGAAACUGACUACCAUAAUUGAACCGCACUGUAAUUUUCAAACUGCCAAAUCAAAAUUCCACACGUUCCUACACAUUGAUUUGCCUAGCAGAAAAGCACAAGGAACCCAUGGGUAUAACCUGAAUUUAUGCUUAACGUCUGCCACCAGGUGUCAUUGUUUAAUAAGGAUUUUAAUCUAACUGAAGCUCUUCUGUUGGAUAUUGUUGCAGUCAUGUUAAAUUCAAUACCAUGGCUUGCUGGGUUUAUGGGUGAAGGGGAUCUCGGUUAUUAACAUGGUGUAAUUCUGGAAUAUUAUUUUUCUAUCUUUCGUAUUAAUCUCAUCAUAUUUAAUGAGCCGCUCUCCAAAUGUAAGUGCUUUCUAUUCAGUACGCUCCAAAUGGAAUUGAUUCAGAUAUUAGAGAAUACUCCUACAGUGGCCUCCAUAUGGGGGGAUAAAAGCUGGCCUUUUUGUUUUUGUUUAUUUUCUUUCACACAUCCAAUUGCAAACCGUAUGUUUACUAACGUUUGACAAAUGACUGCAAUAUUGGUACAUCUCUGUUUUCAUCUCUAACUGGAAAAAUGAUAGGGAAAGCCUUAAACCAAGUAUCUCUCUCAACCAUCACACUCUCCUGACGUCCGACAGCGUCUGACAGUAAAAUACUGACGUACUAAUGACUACCAUAAAUGUUCAUGUUCAGUAGCAUUGCUCCCAUCAGAAUAGCCAAACAGAAGACCUCACUCCAUCACACAACAUGUGACCGCUUCAGAUGGGUUUGAUAAUAAUACUUGCCAUGUUAAUUCCUUGAUCUGACUAUGAAGGUGCAGUUGUAGCACACAAAGCAUGGAGCGUUGAAGUAGAACGUAAAGAUGCGUCACAUGAUCACAGUAUGUAAUGUAUUUCAUGUUCAUGGUAGACAAAAGUGGUUCCUGUUCUACUCAGUUAAUCACCACUAAAAAUUGAGGUACCUUGUCUCACUGCCUUGAUCACUCAAUAACUGCAAAUGCCUUGUUUGUGUUAGAAUGGGAUAGCAUAAUUACUUGAAAGUAGUAAAUGGACUAAAUGUCUAACCAAAUCUGCUAGAGGCGCAUUCUAGGGAUAUGUUUUGUUAGUUCUUACAUUAUUUUCCUUUCCUGCCUUUUUGUGGUCAGACCAUACUAAAGAAGCACAGAAUGUAUGGUAUGUCAUUUUCAAGUAUGGUAUUUAUUUGUUUGCCAAAAGUCAUGUGUCUCUUGUUUCACUGCCAUGGAAACCUGCUGUUAAAAUGUUUUGUUUACAUGUGUAUGGGUCUGGCUGGAUUCCCUGAGCAAUCCUGGGAUGUGAAGGCCAGGCCCUCUCUUGUCCUCAGUAAACAAUUAACACUUUCCAAGAUGCAUUACAGUGCCACAGUUCUCAUAAGUAACCCUUAAGGUGAGGGUGCUGUUGAGAAACUGGGCGCUGGUCAUUGAGCUGACAUGUGGGUAGUCCUGAGCCGUAGUUGUUCAGAAGUCGAAUUGGAACUGCAUUUUUCCCUCAUCACCACCUCUACCCUUACAAGUGAUCUACAACAGGACACACAUUAAACUGACAUCACACUUCCUUCAUUCAGUCAUUGGGUUUUUAAUGGAUCCAGACUUUACUUUGGUCGUCUGCAGCUGGCACAUCUGCUUGCUGCUACAGUCAACCGAAAAUCUGUCAUGGGUUUCAAUUGGCUAAACUGACAGGAAAGUCUGAGAACAGCAUUUCAGUUAGGUUAUGUUGAUUUUCUUUUCUUUUAAACAGGGACGUGCACAGGAGGGGGCAAGGUUGCUCGGUUGCAAUACAAUUUUUUUUUUAUUGAAAUAGUAUUACGGCUGCAGAACUUCUAGAUAGAUAAAUCGCGGAAUAUGUGCGCGGGGGGAGGGGGGCGUGGCGCGGCGGUUAGUGAUCAACCCUGACAAUUUCAAAGUUUCAAGUGAUAAAGGCAGAAUAUGCGCGCAGAGGGAGGGAGCGUGGCAGCGGCGGUUACAAAAAAACGUGUUGCCCCUUUUUUCCAGGGCAGAGCAAAGGCCCUUCAAAAUUCCUGUGCACGUCCCUGCUUUUAAACUUCACAGAAGCUCAAUCUUUUCCCAUGUGACAGUGAUAAUGUAUUACAAAAAUAACAUUAAUAAUAUUUUUGUAAUAUUUUACAAAAAAUAUGUGUGAUAUCUUGCGGAUAUAACCACUCAUAAGUCUACCCAUUUGAUAAUCUUGCAUGAACACAUGUCUGACUCCAUGUUCAUAAUAUUUGUAUUCAUCAGUGUGUGUCUACUAGCCCUCCCCAUGCGGCUGUAAAUCCCUGUUGAGUUUUGCCUUACCUAGCAGAGAUGUGAAUACUUGUUUCUACACAGUGCUAAGCUUCUUCUAAGACUAAUGCUGAAAAAAACUUUGUAAUUCAUUUAGUGUACAGUAUAGGAAAAAUUCUGUAAAGUUUUUAAAGAGAGUUAUGUCUAUUGUAAAAUAAAUGUACAUUUUUAUUUAAGCAAAA